GGGCUACGCCGCGUGGAGGCGUGAGCGGGUUCGCAGAGGGACGCUUGAGGCCGGAGGGAGCCAGGAGGGCCAGAGGGAAGCUGGGAGCCGGCAAGCGCGCUGGUGGUGGUCGGCUGCCACGAUGUCAGCGCAGUGCUGUGCGGGCCAGAUUUGGUCCCAGUGGCUGUGGGUACUCAGUGCUCAUGAAGGAAGGACACUGACCCUUGACAAUGCUUUUCAUGGAAAUGCUGUUGAAACCAGCACGUUCUAGAAUGUUGAAACCUGUGUGAGAAACCUCCUGUCCCAAACUCCUUUCCGACAACCCUCCAGAAUCGUGUCGUGACAGUUAUGGAAAAGAUUGUGAAAAUCUUGGAGCUUUAAGUGAUUCUCUGAACUCAAAAGGGAAAAACUUAAGAACCUGAAAUGAAGGAAACACAAGAGCCAAUUUCUGGGCCAGGCAAAUACACAGCUUCUUGUUCAACUUGCACUCUUAGUUGGCCUGCUGCUGUGGGAAUGCUGGCUGCUCCUACUGCUGCGGCUGCUGCCCCAAGAUCCGCCAGUCCCGGAGCACCCGCUUCAUGUACGCGCUCUACUUCAUCCUGGUCGUCAUCAUCUGCUGCAUCAUGAUGUCCAACACUGUGGCCAACGGGAUGAGGGAGCAUGUCAGGAGCUUAUCCUAUAUAAAUAAUGGCAUAUGUGCAAUUAUUCUCCAUAUUUAUGCAUUUCAAGAAAAAUAUACCCGUGGGACUUCCCUGGUGGUCCAGUGGAUCCCUUUUUUCGAAGAUAUCUGUAAAGGCAUUAAAGCUGGCGACACCUGUGAGAAGCUGGUGGGGUAUUCUGCGGUAUAUAGAGUCUGUUUUGGAAUGGCCUGUUUCUUCUUUAUAUUCUGCCUCCUGACCUUGAAAAUCAACAACAGUAAAAGUUGUAGAGCCUAUAUUCACAAUGGCUUUUGGUUCUUUAAACUUCUGCUGUUGGGGGCCAUGUGCUCAGGAGCCUUCUUCAUUCCAGAUCAGGAGACCUUUCUAAAUGCCUGGCGCUAUGUGGGAGCCGUCGGAGGCUUCCUGUUCAUAGGCAUCCAGCUCCUCUUACUUGUGGAGUUUGCACAUAAAUGGAACAAGAACUGGACCGCAGGCACAGCUAGCAACAAGCUGUGGUACGCCUCUCUGUCCCUGGUGACUCUCAUCAUGUACUCCAUCGCCACGGGAGGCUUGAUUUUGAUGGCAGUGUUUUAUACACAGAAAGAUGGUUGCCUGGAAAAUAAAAUUCUUCUGGGGGUAAACGGAGGCCUGUGUCUGCUUAUUUCAGUGGUAGCCAUCUCACCCUGUGUCCAAGAUCGACAACCGCACUCUGGGUUAUUGCAGUCGGGUCUCAUCAGCUGCUACGUCACGUAUCUCACGUUCUCAGCUCUGUCCAGCAAACCUGUAGAAGUAGUUCUAGAUCAACAUGGGAAGAAUGUCACCAUCUGCGUGCCUGACUUCGGUCAGGACCUGUACAGAGACAAAAACUUGGUUGCUGGACUGGGUACCACUCUGUUGUGUGCGUGCAUCUUGUAUUCCUGUUUGACAUCGACGACCAGAUCAAGUUCGGAUGCUCUGCAGGGGCGGUACGCAGCUCCUGACCUGGAAGUAGCCCGGUGUUGUUUUUGCUUCGGCUCUGGUGGAGAGGACACAGACGAGCAGCAGAAUGUGAAAGAGGGCCCGAGGGUCAUUUAUGAUGAGAAGAGAAGCACUGUCUACAGCUAUGCCUAUUUCCACUUCGUAUUCUUCUUGGCUUCCCUCUAUGUGAUGAUGACCGUCACCAACUGGUUCAACUAUGAAAGUGCCAACAUUGAAACCUUCUUCAGCGGGAGCUGGUCCAUCUUCUGGGUCAAGAUGGCUUCCUGCUGGAUAUGUGUGCUGUUAUACCUGGGAACGCUGGUCGCUCCCCUCUGUCGACCCUCUCCGCACUUCUCCGUGUGAGGAUCGGAGCAAUCUCCUAGGUUCUGCAGGCUGGAAGUGACGUCCUUUGAACAAACAUACCAGGAGUCUGAGCAGUGACUGGUACUUUGUGACAAGCUGGCAUUCCCCCUGGCUGGCUUGAGUGGGUCUAAAAAAACUUAACAGGCGGAAAAAAAAUCACCUGCUUAUCUUUUUUAAUUCUGAAAUUUGAAAAGAAGCUACCAGUUUGUCCCCCGAAAAUUGAAAUUUUCACCCGAGUGGAUCCUGAGUGAUAUAUUUUGUAUGUGUCUUACCCCUAAAAACUGGGAUAGUAGUUAGGCAAGUAUUUUCCUUCUGCAUGUUUUUACCAAAACAGAGUUUGGGACAUGACAUUUUAUCACAGGGAGAAAAGCUUACCUUGUGUGGCCUAUUAUUCCUAUCCUUGAAAUAGAAAAACAUGACAGAAUCUGGGGCCCUAAGCUCCUGACAGAACGCAGACCCCUCUCCCACACCUCGGCCUGCGGGACCCCUGCUCCUGGUUCCCUGCUAUUUAUUGGCUACAAGAGGAAGCAUCUGCUUUUAACUCCACCCUUGUGCUGUUUCCUCCCAGCCCCCAAACGUUUCCCUUUGAAGUUGUGAUGCUGGGAAUCACAGACUUCACUCUGUCCUUGCCCUUCCCAGAGCUCCCCUCAUCCUUUCUGGGUUCAACAUCUUUGUUGUAAUGUGAAAAAGCACAAUUUGUCAUCACCACCCAUGUGAUCCCCCACCAGGUUAUCACUACCUGAUCUGAGUUACUGCAAUACUAUGACUCUUACACGUGGUGUUACUCACUGAUUAGAGAACAAUAUUCGUGUUGUUUUCUUUGCUAUAGUUCUUGUUUGUGGAUUGAUAUUCAUGAUACUUUAGGGCCUUACCUGGGAAGUUGCUUCUUGACUGAAGCCUGCUGCGCCCCUCUUUCCAUUACUAAAGUCAGCCAGUUUUCUCUUCCACUUGAGGCCUUCGAAAUUGUAAAAGCAAAAGGACUUUUGUUUUCCAGACCUGUAAUGUGAGCACGCCGUUAAUGUCCAUUAUGAUUUUGGGGGUGGAUUUGCUGAGGUGAGGACCACAGGCAACACCUCAAACAGGGCUGACCAGGUAAGGCCUCCAGUUAUACAAGUUGUACAAGUGACCAAAUAUACUUAGAAGAAAGGGUGGGUGGGGGGGAGGUAUUUAACUAAGCCAUAAGCAAAAGCCGCAGAAAUUUCCAGAAUACAUACUUUUAAGGUGAUACUGAAGAAAGAUAUGACUCUAGGCAGCUGCCCAAGAAGACGUCCAUUUUCAGUGCUGAUACUCUCAGCCAGGGAAGAGUUUACGCAGUGGAAAGUCCAUCAGAGACCCUGGUGGAGGACGGUGGGCACCCUCCUCUUAGUAUUUCAUGCGGGAUGGAAAGAAUCCUCUCAGCACCCAGGCAGAGAGGGUCUGAGGAUGAAAAGAUUUGGCCUGUACUUUUGUGCCCUGCUGUAUGCAUUGGGUCCCACCUAAGCUGGCCUCCAGUGUGCCAAAUGCCGGCCUGAGAAAUUAGUCUAGUUCUUCAUUUCCACUCACUGCUUUGCCCUCCUUUCAAGAAAAUUGGGGGGCGGGGCUCAAACAAUGGAUGAAUUCCUCCAGGAACUUAUUUACAGUGUUGGAGAUUCGCUCAUUGUGUGUGUGUGAGAGCCUUGUUUUGUAAACUUUAUCAAGUUGUUUUCAGACCAGGAGCUCUUUGAGCUCGGUGGUCCAGAGAUCUUCUGUAGGCACAAAAUGAAUGGCCGCUAUGCGUAGCCCGAGCUUAAGCCAGUGGGAGUGUGAGCUCUGUGGGUCGGACAGGUGGAGGGAGUGGGGUUGUGUGUGUCGCAGCAUCCUGGCAGAGGCCACCGCAGCGGCCGGUGCAGUGACACGGGCUCUGGGUAAGCCGAAAGGAGAGGCAGCUCAGGAGCCGGGGUGCCGUCAGUGACUGGUUUCGUUGUGUCUUCUCCCUGCUGGGGUCUAGUGGGGUCUGGCAUCCAGCCGUGUGACUUUAGAACUGGCCCUUCUGGCAGGUCAAGGUCAAGCUGACCAGGCCCUGUGUUCCUUAGCGGGCCUUCGUUGGGCCCUUCCUGUGCCGAAGGAAGCUCAGGGAGACACAGAGGAAAGGACAUUGCCAGUGGCCAGGCCCUCGGAGCUUCCUUCCUUAGCCGCCCAAAUUCUCCUACAGCCAACCCCCAUUUUCCAGCUGCUUAAGACUAAUAAUGUUCCUUUCUGAAGGUUGGUCUGACACAAGAAGGAGAGUUACAGUCACUCUGAUUUUAUUCUCAACUGAAAAUUUAAGCAAGCUUAUCUGAAUGAUCAAGAGAUGUAGGUGUUCUCUGAGGACAGAGGGCAUAUAAAUAAGUUGACUUUAAUGAUUAUUAAUUGUAAUAAACAAUACUCAGGUGAUAAGUCAACAUUCAUGGGUUUAAAAAAACCUACAUUUUUGUGCUAUUGUGUUUUAAGAAACUGGAAACAUUGUGCCAAUUGCUCUGAGUUGCUCUUAAGGAUGAUGUUCAUUUGAUAAAUUCACUGAUAGUCUUUUUAAAAUAAUAGACUUCUGCUUCCUACAACUUUUUAUACAUGAUUUAAAAAGUGCAUUCCCAGAAGCUGCUGGUCAGACUCCUUUAGUGAUGAAAGCCGAAGAUAUUUUAAAACUGUGUAUGCUUCCUCUGUGCCGUUCAUCCGAUGAGGAAAUUUUUUCCCCUCUCUUUUUCAUGAGUACAGACACUUAAGUAGGGGAAGGGAUUCUUCUGGGAGUGUUGCAGUGUAUGUCUAGAUGUGUCACCUGACUGAAGACCAGAGACUUUUUUGUCAAAGGCUUUUGGAAACCCUACUUUGUCCUCACUGGGUUGAAUUUUUUAAUACUGGUUAGUUGGUUUUUUUGUUCUCACAGUUUCUUGGGAAAUGGCUUGAAAGAAUUGUUCCAGAGGUCUUUGGAGCUCCUUUGUAGAGUAGAUGGGCCAUGUGCAUGUGGACUGAUGGAGGGUGGGGUUAUUGGGGAUUUCGGGUUCUGGUGCCCAUCAGAAUGGCUAACAGAGGGGCUCCCACACCCCAUUGUUUAUUUCCAGUUGCUCAGCGGUGCCUUCAUUAUGGGUGACCUCUGUGCAGUGCUAAUUCCCCCCCAAAUUGUCACCUUCUGCCUUUUUAAGAUUAUGUGCUUAAUUUUGGCCAGAAGUUUACUACCAUUGGUGCUUCCUGUUACCCUGCAAAGGGAAUUCCAGAGCCUGUGUGCAUUUAAGCUGCCUAGGCCUUUUUUCUCCUUUGACUGCCUUUCUAACGAGCAUCUCGUCUUGGUAUGUAUUCAUGUCCUACCCCUCUUGGAAGUGAAAGACGGUUUUAGUUAUAACUAAGAAGGUUGUGACCUUGGGCCAAGACCCCACGUGUCCAGAGAGCACGCUGGGCCCUCCUUAAUCAGGUACAGUGCCAAUGCCCCUGGAUUCAUGGCAUUCUCUAUAGGGUAUUCUCCUUAAUUUACUAAAUCCCUUUGGCCUUGUUCUUAACUGUGUUUCCUGCCAUCUUUAAUAUAUUUGUAAAGCCUCAGAUAUUUUAAUCCAGUUUUGCAUUUUAGGCAGAAAUGCGUUCUCUAAUGUUAGACUUGCUUCACAGGACACAGAUCUUUUGAAUUGAUGCUAGCCAUUCUAAAGACCUCUCGCUCUUUUUUCUUUUUUUCACCCUUCCUCAGUAAAUCAUUUGCAGAGGCGUUCAUUUUGAAAGGAGGAAAUAUUUGGCUUUUACCAAAGAGGUGUUCUUUUUUUAAAAGCAAAAUCCUUUCAGCAAAAACUUACUUGGGGAAGGGUGGAUUAAGAAUGCAUUUGUCUACAUCCACUUCUAUAGGUGUUUAAUCAUAUUUAUGUGAGUAAAAUGUUGGAAGAAUUCUUUUUUUUUUUUUAGAAGAAUUCUUUAAGGUAAUCCUUUGUGGUGAAGGAUCCUGGGAAAUUCUCUCAGGUAAAGAAAGCUUGUAGCAGAUGGGUAAUAUAUGUCUUGAGAGCUAUUUAUAAGAAAUUUAAGGAUUGUUUUGUUUUCCUUUAUUAAAGAUUUAAGGUUUUUUUACUUUGCAAAAAAAAAACUACAAAAGUUUUAUAGUCAUAACUUUGUUACUUUUUUUUUUAACUUUUCUGAAAUAAUUAGAUGUAGCCAAAUUAUGUGGUUAUGUUUUGCUGUGUUAGAAUUUGAAAAUGUAAUAUGUGUGGUAAAUCUACUGUUUGAAAUUUAUAAUGCUCUCAGAUAUGGUUGGAGUUUUGGUAACUUUUAAAAUAGUUAUUGUUUUUCCUUUAAGUCACAAAGGCAACUAUGGAUUUAUGUUUGUUAUCUUGGAUGCUAAUUUUUCUAUGAAGCAGCCGAAGUUGACCAGUCUUUUCCUAGGUAGAAUACUCAAAACUUGUUAACUUUAAUAAAAUUGAAAACUGUUGUUUUUUUCUCCUUCUGUUGAAUGCAUUUGUAAUUAAAGUCUUCCAGGUACUGUUU